AUGUCAGAUCCACUCGAGAUCCGUAACAACUUGAAGAAGAGGAAACUGAAGCAUGGACCAGAUGAGAUAUUUGCUGAUAUUCAUGAGAGAGUAGUGCACUCUUCUAAAGACCAUCAGUCAGAUGGAAUUAGCAUUGAGGAAGAAAGCAAUUGGAUACAUGCUCAACUUAGACCUCUACUUAAAGAAUCUGACCAUGAUCGGAUCAACAUAGAUGACAUCGCAAACUUUUUGGUGUUACAUCAUGUGGAGAAACUAGAGAUACCCUUUAUAGCUAUGUACCGGAAGGAACAGUGCCGGAGCUUGUUGGAAAUCGAUUUUGAUCUAGACCACAAACCUGAGGCAGUGUGGCAUAAGGUCUUGUGGAUGAUUCAGGACUUGGAUAGACAGUGGCUCCUUCUUCGGGAAAGGAAAGUUUUCUUACUUGGUUUCUACUAUUCAAGACUUUUCCAGCAAGAGUCUGCCAAUCAGUUUCUCUUAGACUCACUUGUUAGGUCUGUCAAAGCCGCUGAAACGGAGAGAGAAGUUGAUGAUGUAGACUCAAAGUUCUGCUUGCAUUUUCCUCCUCCUCGUGAUUAUACUUCUUGUGCACAACAUAAUAACACUAAUUCUAAUUCCGUCCUGCGGGAAGCUGCAAACAAGUUUGGUUAUAGCUCUGAGCAAGUGGGACUUGCGUGGCCUCUCAAAAAAUUACUUGUUGGUGAGACUGAAGUUGCAAAGGAAACAUCACCAGAGGAGAUGGCACUGAACUAUGUGUCUGCAAUGUUUGAACAUCCCCAAGCUGUUCUUACGGGUGCACGCCAUGUGGCUGCAACUGAGUUAAGUUGUGAGCCAUCCAUCAAAAAGUGUGUUCGUCGAAUCUAUAUGCAGAAUGCACUAGUGUCGGUAAGCCCAACACCGCUUGGUAAUAUGGCUAUUGAUUCUUUCCAUCAGCUUGCUGGGGUCAAGUGGUUGCGUGGAAAGCCAUUGACCAUGUUUGAGGGUACACAAUGGCUCCUCAUCCACAAGGCAGAAGAAGAUAACCUUCUUCAGGUAUCUUUCAAGCUGCCAGAAAAUUGCAUGUAUACCCUUGUUAGCGAAUGCAGUAAACACUUUCCAAGUGCUGGUGUUAGUAGUAAGUGUGCUCAACUCUGGGAUAAACAGAGGAAAUUGAUACUGGAGGAAGCACUGGAUGGUUUUCUUUUACCUUCAAUGGAGAAAGAAGCAAGACUUUUGCUAACUAGCAAAGCAAAGGUUCAGUUGCUUUCAGAGUAUGGACAUAAUUUAUGGAACAAAGUGUCUGAAGCGCCGUACACAAAACACAACCCUGAGUUCAGUACAAAUGAGGAAGCUGCACCGAGGGUUCUGGCAUGUUGCUGGGGACCUGGAAAUCCAGCAACCACAUUUGUGAUGCUGGACUCAUUUGGAGAGUUGCUUGAUGUGCUUUAUGCAGAUUCCAUUUCACUGCCACCAAAAAAUGCUGAUAGCCGGCAAUGUAUCAAGAAGGAUAAGGAUCGUCUCUUAAAAUUUAUGGAGGACCACAAACCGGGCGUCGUGGCUCUUGGAGCUGCAAACCUGUCUUGCGCUCGUCUGAAGGAUAAUAUUUUUGAGGUCAUGUUCGAGAUGGCAGGAGACUUUACAGAAGUUCCAAACUGGAUAUAUGAUUUAAGCAUUGUUUACGUGGACGAAUCUCUUCCUCGGAUUUAUCAAAACUCUCAAAUCUCAGGUGAACAGCUACCUCACCAGUCAGGGAUAGAGAGACGUGCAGUUGCUCUUGGGCGUUAUCUUCAGAAUCCACUGGCAAUGGUCGCAACUCUCUGCGGCCAAGGUAGGGAGAUUUUGUCCUGGAACCUUCAUUCUUUGGAGAACUUUCUUGACCCAGACGAGAAGUAUAGGAUGGUUGAACAGGUAAUGGUUGACAUAACCAACCAGGUUGGAAUUGACCUUAACUUGGCCUCCAGCCACGAAUGGCUUUUCUCUCCUUUGCAGUUCAUUUCCGGGCUCGGUCUUAGGAAAGCUGCAUCCUUGCAGAGCUCUCUUAUCAGAGCUGGCUCAGUAUUUUCCCGCAAGGACCUGAUAAAUCAUGGGCUUGCGAAACAAGUUUUUGUAAAUGCAGUUGGAUUUUUGCGUAUCCGUAGGAGUGGGCUUGCUGCUAGUAGCAGCAGCCAGUCUUUUCACCUAUUGGAUGACACUAGGAUACAUCCUGAAUCGUAUGGUCUUGCACAGGAGUUGGCAAAAGAUAUAUAUGAUCUCAGAGGUGGUGACAAUUACAACGUGAAUGCGACAGAGCGUGUGAGAGACGAUGGGGCAGCGUCUUUGAGAAAUCUAGUCCUUGAUGAGUAUCUGGGGAGCAGGAAACAGGAGAGUAAGAAGGAAACCUAUAGUAGUAUCAUAAGAGAGUUAUGCGGUGGUUUCAAGGAUUGGCGGAGACAGUAUAGUGAGCCAAGUACAGAUGAAGAGUUAUCUAUGAUUACGGGUGAAACAAUCACCGAGGGAAGAAUUAUGCAGGCCACUGUUAAGAGAGUAAGGACUGGAAAAGCUGUAUGCUUAGUAGACUGCGGGUUAACUGGGACGCUUUUGAAAGAAGACUACUCAGAUGAUGGGAAAGAUAUUUUGGAUCUGUCAAACCGACUUUUUGAAGGUGAUGUCCUUACUUGCAAGAUUAAAUCGACUCAAAAGAAUCUUCCCCGUCUGUUUCUUGUCUGCAAAGAAAGUGAAAUGAGAAACAAUGGUAACCUUGAUCCUUAUUACCACGAAGAGGGUGUCCAGAUUGAGAAAGAGAUGGCUCCAAAAGAAAAGGACCGAUUCAAGUUUCGAAUGAUUGUUCAUCCUAGCUUCCGAAACAUAACUGCUCACCAAGCAACAGAGUACUUGUCUGACAAGCAGUUUGGAGAUUGCGUUGUUCAUCCUAGCUCUCGAGGAGUCAAUUAUUUGACUUUGACAUUAAAGAUUUACGAUAAUGUGUACGUGCACAAGGAGAUAGUUGAAGGUAUGAAAGAGGACGACGUUUGUAUUGGGAAGACACUGAGAAUUGGGGAGGAAACAUAUGAGUGUCUAGAUUGGAUGAUGGAUUGGUACGUUGGUCCGUGGGUAGCUCGUCUUGUGACCAUUCUCAACCAUCGCAAGUUCCGAACCGGGACGCAACCGGAAGUUGAUGAUCUCCUCCGGAUUGAGAAGGGCAAAAAUCCAAAGAUGGUAGUCUAUGGUUUUGGGGUUUCACAUGAGCAUCCGGGUACUUUCAUACUGUCUUACAUACGAAGCAUCCAUCUACACCAUGAGUAUAUAGGUUUAUCCCCAAAAGGAUUCAAGUUCAGAAAAAAGAUGUUUCAAGAACUUGGGAUGCUUGUAGCUUAUUUUAAGAGGCACAUUCAUGAUCGGUCAUUGAAGCAUCAAUAAGUGCUAUAUAAUUAGGACCUCUGCAAUGUAUAAAGGUUCUUCUAUUUAUCUUAAUUGGUUCGUUUUGCCAACUUUAGGUCUCUGGUUUUCUGUAAUACAAUUCGUUAAUAUUCUUCCCUCUGUUUAUAGAGAAGACAUUUGUUGUCAA